UCAUUGGUCGGUCCAUAUGGGCUGAUGUCCUGUCAUGGCGAAUUUAGAAGGCCAGGGACGCACUUGGUCUCGUAAUUUUCCUGAAGAAACGAUGGCUACGGAUCCUGGAGGCCUCGAUGCCGACGGGUUCGCUGCCGGUGACAGCGCCCCGUUUACCCUGGACGAAUUGACAGGACUGGAUGAUAUAAUUUCUGGCUGCGAAGACGAGCUCUUUUCAAGCGACCUGCUGAUGGCAGACGACACAGACUUUGGUCUUCUCAACAACAUUAAUGCUGAUGCUAUAAUGACCCCUGUGAAGGACGAGAGUGCCAUGAAAGACUUUGACAUCAAGCAAGAGGUUGUCACACCCCCCAUGUUUACAAACUCGAACAGCAACUCUCCACUUCAACGGGCCCAGCAGCAGCAGCGCCUGAUGCCCAGGCCCGCCGUCGUGCAGCAGCAAGUUUCAACACAAAACACGGCGACGGUGUUGCUCCAGCCGAUGGGGAUGACACAACAAAUCUACCAAACCAGCCCCCAGCAGCUACUUCAGACGGGUGGCAACAAACAGCAGGUACUGCUGCAGAUGCCACAGGAUAAGAUGCAGCAGGUGUUGGUGCAGGCACAGUUCAUCAAGUCUGAGCCGCACAACUCGCCGCCGCACCAGCUCAAGGCAGCCCAGGUGAUGUACACGACAGCCGGCUCCCCAGUCACUGUAGCCAACAGUCGGGCUGGGCAACAGGCACAGCCGCUCAGGACCAUCGUGUCCAAUCCAGGCACCUUUGUCACCGCAGGAAUUUUGUUGGAUGGCGACCAGAAAAUGCCCAUCAACAGGAUUAAUGUCACGCCAAAGGAGGUACCUAAAGUGAAAGAGGUGAAGCGGAGCGCGCACAACGCCAUCGAGCGAAGAUAUCGAACAAGUAUCAAUGACAAGAUCAUUGAGCUGAAAAAUAUGGUUGUAGGAGUAGAAGCCAAACUCAACAAAAGUGCAAUUCUGAGGAAAGCCAUUGAGUACAUCCGCUAUUUGCAAAACUCAAACGCUAAGCUGAAGCAGGAGAACAUGGCUCUGCGGCUGAAUGCUGGCCAGCCAAUAAACACGACUGGUAUCAAGGACCUGCUCUCAGUGUCUCCAGAGAUGUCUCCUCCUCAGAGUGCUCCAUCUUUGUCUCCACCGUCGCUCUCACCACCCCGCUCGGACGACAGUGGAUCUCCACCUGGCUCUCCAGACUCGUUCACCACACACUUGCAAGAUGGCGAUGACUCCAACUCAAGUCUUGGUCUGAGACACGGCAUGCUGGACCAAUCCAAGUUAGCUUUGUGUAUGUUCAUGAUGUCUGUAAUGGCGUUCAACCCCAUGGGAGCCUUGCUCAGCGCCAUCGAAGAUGGGGGCGAUUACAGCACCAGCCAGAAGGGCAGGACAAUGCUUGGCUUUGAAAGUGACAAUGCAAGCAUGUGGAGGUGGAUCACAUCAUCAGUCCUGAUCUUCAUUUUCAAUUCUGUUCUGCUUGGCAUUUGUUUGGUCAGGAUGCUCAUGUAUGGAGACCCGAUUAUUCCUUCCAAGUCGAGAGCGUCUUUCGAGUUUUGGAGGCAUCGAAACCAAGCUGAGUUCAAUUUGAAGAAGGGUGAUCUGAGUGCGGCAAACCAAGAAUACAGGCGCUGUCUGCAAGCCAUUGGGAGACCACUUCCAGCCUCAAAACUGGAAACAUUAUCAGCGUUCUUUUGGCAGUUGAUGCGGCAGUUUCUGCACCGCGUUUGGAUUGGUCGCUGGCUGGCAAGGAAGGCAGGCCCUGAGGCAGCCGUGUGCGCCAAGGAGCUGGCCGUCGUGUACCACAGGUUGCACCAGAUUGCGCUUGUUCAGGGAUCACCUGAGGGCCGCGCCUCUGCCAUCAUUCUGGCCCUGAGCGCUGUCAACAUGGCUGAAGCUGCUGGGGACUUGAUGCCAGUUGAACAGCUGGCUCUCAUCUACGUGGGGGCCGCCCUCAGGGUCAAGGAGAGCCUGCCAACCGCUCUUCAACUCUGCAACCGGUUCUACUUGGGACUGUCGCGACAGGUGUGCAUGAAGCAGUGCAGCCAGGUGCCGGCGCGCCUUCAGUGGCUGUUCACCGCUCAUGGCUACCGAUUUUUCAUUUCGCGCUCCUGGAGCUACGCAACCAUGACCGCCACCCUCUUCAGUGGACUUGAGGACAACGCUGAUCCAUUGGCCUAUGCUAUUAGGAUGUACCGGAAACAACUGCUGGAGAAAGCAAUGAACACCCUAUUGGCGCCAGGCACGCACAGAGUUGCGAACGAGGAGGAAAUCAGGCGGACACAGACCUCAGACACGCUGACCUACGUGCAUCUGUUGGUGGAGAGCGGCAAUGAAGACGAAAUCUCUCAGUGGUGGGGCUCAAUCCUUGGCGUUGCCACCUACUGGCUGCUGGGCGAGGAGUCAAGGGCCGAGCACCUCUACUCUCGUAUAGAGGCAAUCCCAGAUCAUCUCAAGAACAACAGCAAUCCGCUCCCCAAGGCUGUCCUGGCCGCAUUCAGGGCUAGGAGGGCCCUGCUCUCGAGGAAGUCCAAUCCCAAGGCUAUACAGCGCAUGUGCGGUGUCGCUGGACGGCUGAUUGACCACAGUAUCACCUUCUCCUCGUGCAAGCAGCCCUCCACCAUGACUCUCCUUGCUCAGCUUUUGGUCUGUGACUGGCUCUUGGAGACGCGUACAUGCGUCUGGGAGGCUGAGUCUGAAGAGAAGUCGUAUGAUGGCUCCUCUACGCCUGUCCCACAGUCAGAACUCUCUGGCUUCCAGCAGGAUUUGGCUUCUUUGAGAAGGCUCUCUCAACUUUUACCAUCUGCCUUGCCCAGAGUGUUUUUGCACGAAGCUGCUGCCCGACUUAUGGCCGGCGCCGCGCCUGGCAGGACGCAGCAGCUUCUGGACAGAAGUCUGAGACAGCGUAACAGCAGAUCGUCAAUCAUCUGCGGAAAAGACAAGUCCAACCAAGCAGUAGGUGGUGAGAGGGAGCACGCGAACGCCUUGUACUUGGCGUGUAGGCAUCUGCCAACGCCACUUUUGUCAACUCCCGGUGAGCGUGCCGGAAUGCUGGCGGAAGCUGCCAAAACCCUGGAGAAGAUCGGCGACCGCAAGAAGCUGCUUGAGUGUUACCAGUUGAUGAAAUCGCUUGGAAGCACGUCGAACACAAACUAAAUAUUAUCAUUUCCUGCGUUGUACAUUUUUCAUCGAGUUUAUUCCAUAAGAUCACCACUUCUCGUCUAAGAUAGAGUUUAGUUUGUGAAAUUGUUUGCUUAGUUCAUUUUUCUUUGCAUGUAUAAUAUGAUAAAAGUGGGGGCAAGUGACUCAUAACUAACAAAUUCAUCCAUUUCUAUGAUAAAUUACUUUUUAAUUUAAAAUAUAACAAUUGGAUUUUUUAAUCUUGAAUGAACUGUGAGUGGAUGGUUUGAAAUAAUAAAGCAUAAAAUAGUAUAUUCAUUAAAUUAAUAAGAACUUUACCUUA